UAUCAGAAAUUACAGAUAAUCAGAUGAUUUGUUUGUAUAUUAUGUGCAUGUCAAGAUGUACAAAGUACAAUCGAAAAUAUAUAAUCAUGAAAAAUUAAUUCUGUAACUGUUUAUUUUCAUAAAACGUUUCUUUCUCAAUUUUUUUUAUUCUUUGAAGGAAAAGGAAGAUUAUACAUAUAAUAAAAUAUAUUUCAUAGAAAUGCUUUUAUAAUUUGGAGGCAAUACAUUAAAAACAUUACAAUACUACGUAAUUUAGAAAAAGAGUCAAUAAACAAAACAAUUACUAAUAACAUAAUUGUGAAUGUGUAAUAACAUGUUUAGAUUGUAAUAAUAUUUUUUAUGUUAGUACAAUAAAAAAUAUCAAGUUUAAAAAAGGGUUUGGUUAGAUCUAUUGCGAUGACCGAAAAGUCUGGAUGUGGUGAAUUGCAACAAUUGGUUCAAGAAGAAGAAUGUGAAGAACCAUUAAGUCAAGGUGGAGAAGCUACACCACCUUCCACACCAGCAAGAUCUCAUCAUCCAAGUAAAAAUGAUACACAUAGUUCUCAUAUAUCGCAACAAGUAUUAUGGGAAACUAAUGUACAAACAUCACCAAUUAUUAGUAAAGGAAGUUCUGGUCAGGCAACAAGUCAAGGAUCUAUGGUUUCUGGCCGUGCUGUGAAUCUUUCAAAUCAUGGUAAUCAGUCACGUCUAAUGUAUAUGAAUGAGAAGGAAAAGCAAAAACCAAAUCGACCAGAACUACCAAAAAUAAAUCGUCAACAUAGAGCUAUGGCACCAUGCAAACAUCAUUGCUUUUUGUCAGAGGUUCCUGAUGUUCGUCGUAUGGAACAAGCUUUAUUACAACUUUUGGAAGAUUUCCAUAGUGGUAAUUUACGAGCAUUUGGAAAGGAUUGUAGUAUGGAACAAAUGACAGAAAUACGAGAGCAACAAGAGCAAUUAGCUAAACUUCAUUUUGAGUUAGGUCAAAGGCAAGGAAUUGGUGGAGAACAAUCAGGUUUACGACAUUCAAGUGCUAAUAUGAAUAAUUUGUUGGAAUGUCUUCAAGAGCUUAGUGUUUGCAUUGAAAAAUUACAUAGCAAGUAAUUGUAAAAUAUUUAUAAUAUGUACAAAAUUUAUUUAAACAUGAUAUUUGAAUAGAAACAUGAAAAUUAAUUAAUAUAAAAGAUAGAAUAUAAUGAAAAUUUAUGUACUUUAUAGAAUGUUUUCGCAUUUUAGAAAUAUUUCACGAUACUGUUUUUAUAUAACCGUACAUUUAACUUUUCCAAUAGUGAAAUAAUUAUAUUUCUUGAUUACAAUGUUUUUAUUUAAUUUAGAAGUUCCUCUUAUUAUUUUUGUAAAUUUAAUUU